CGUGGGCUGGGGCUGACAGCGCAGAAGCCACUGCGCGUGCGUGAGGCUGCCGAGGCAUUGAUUGGCUGACGAUGACAUCACCCAGCCAAGCUCUAUUGUGGGAACGAUGAGCUCAUCGUUUAGAAGGCAGAUGGUGUUCGCAGAGUGAGGACAGAGGACUGUCAGCACACCUGGGACAGACACUUGGACAGAGACUGGGCAGACCCUGGGACACACACUGGGACAGAGACUGGGACAGACCCUGGGACAGAGACUGGGACUACUCUGGGCUUCUGCUGCAACAACAGGACUGCCGUCCAUUUCCACAGGGACACUAACAGUAUGGUCUGGUCCCGGCAGAGCGAGGCGGAGCGGCCCGCGCUGUCCGCCAUCCUCCCGCAGCUCUACCUGGGAGCGGAGAGCGACGUCACGCAGGAGCGGCUGGCCUCUCUGGGGAUCUCCUACGUGCUGAGUGUGAGCCGCUGCAGCCCCCAGCCCCCCUUCCUGCCCCGCUCCAGAUACCUCCGCGUCCCCAUUGACGACUCUCUGCGGGACGAGCUGCUGCCCUGGAUCCCGCAGGCUCUGCAUUUCAUUGAUGCAGCCAUGUCCUCUGGAGCCUCGGUGCUGGUUCACUGUGCAGCGGGAAUCUCUCGCUCCCCGGCCCUGGCUGUGGCUUACAUCAUGUACAGCCUGGACCUGGACCUGGACCAGGCCUACAGGUUUGUGAAAGAGCGUCGGCCCUCCAUUUCCCCAAACUUCAACUUCCUGGGUCAGCUGCAGCACUUCCAGGGCACUCUGUGCCAGAAGGCCUCGGGGGGGGACAUCACUGACGGCGUUACCCGCUCUCCCGUCAGCCAGAACGCGAGUCAUCAGGCUGAGAACUGGCAGGAUGACACAGAGCAGAGAAGACAGAGACACUCGGAGACAGAUGCAGGGGGACAGCAGCCGGCGUCUCUGUCGGGGGAACUUCAGACUCUUCAUUUGACUCAAAUCCAGACACCAUGUGAGCGUCCAGCUCCAAGCCCCUGUGAGCCAGUCCAACCACUAGCAAAGCCCACACGACUCCAACUCCCAGCAGGCUCUGCUUCUCUAUCAGAGAAACGCAAAAGCCUCACCCUGUCUUUGACCCCGUUGGGAAUGCACCCCCCCUCCCUAGCAAGCAGCAGCCAGCAAGCAAGGAGCACCAACACAUCUCAGAGUGUCCACCAGGGGGAGACGGGACAAAAGGCUGAAGCAAAGACCCGGGUGGACAGUGUCCGCCGCACGCAGGCCAAGGACAGUCGCAGGGAGCGGGGGGACAGCGUUCCAUACAGGCAGGCAGAGGACAGUCUCAAGGAGCAGAGUCCCUACCACGGCCUGGGGAAGGACCAGGGCCUGUUGUCUCCGUUCAGCUUCACCCUCAACAAGCUGCUGGACUGGGGGGAGAGGGUGCUGCUGGGGGGCCUGUUUGUCCACCCUGUUAGGAUGGGACAGCCGGCACUGCCCAACAGGUGCUGAGGAGGCCCGGCGGGAGUGUGUGUGUGUGUGUGUGUGUGUGUGU